GUGGGCGGCCACGCGCCGGGAGGAGCCGGCUGUGGCGUGGCGGCUGUGGGCGCGGGUCCGAGGGGCUCGGGCUGGCCUCUGCGCGCCAUGACGCCGGCGAAGGCCGCCACCGCGGCGCGGCUGCUCCUGGUCUCCUCGGUGCUGUGGCUCUGGCUGCUGGGCGCCGGCACGGCCUCCGCGUCCAAGGCGGUGACGGCUCACUUGGCCGCCAAGUGGCCCGAGACGCCGCUGCUGCUGGAGGCGAGUGAAUUUAUGGCAGAAGAAAGUAAUGAAAAAUUUUGGCAGUUUUUGGAAACUGUACAAGAAUUAGCAAUUUAUAAGAAAACAGAAUCAGAUUAUUCCUAUUACAAUUUAAUCCUGAAGAAAGCUGGACAGUUUUUAGACAAUUUGCACAUCAAUCUCUUGAAGUUUGCCUCUAUAAGGGCGUACUCUCCAACUAUUCAGAUGUUUCAACAGAUUGCUGCUGAUGAGUCACCACCAGAUGGUUGUAAUGCAUUUGUGGUUAUCCAUGAAAGGCACACCUGUAAAAUUAAUGAGAUUAAAAAGCUGCUGAAGAAGGCUACUUCAAGGCCCAGACCUUAUCUAUUUAAAGGAGAUCAUAAAUUUCCUACAAACAACGAAAACUUACCAGUGACUAUUCUCUAUGCAGAAAUAGGCACCAGAGCCUUUGUUGAAUUUCACAAAGUAUUGACUGAAAAAGCUCAGAAUGGUAAAAUUCUGUAUGUUCUUCGCCAUUAUAUUCAGAAACCAAGUUCACGGAAAAUGUUAUCUGGAUAUGGUGUGGAGCUAGCAAUUAAGAGUACAGAAUACAAAGCAUUAGAUGAUACCCAAAUUAAAACCAUGACUAAUACUAUAGAAGAUGAAACUGAAGCAAAUGAAGUUCAAGGAUUUCUUUUUGGAAAACUAAAAGAAAUAUAUUCAGAUCUUAAAGAUAAUCUGACAAUAUUCCAAAAAUACCUGAUUGAGAGCAACAAAGAAAUGAUGCCUUUGAAAGUCUGGGAACUACAAGAUCUUAGUUUUCAAGCAGCUUCUCAAAUAAUGUCCACUCCAGUAUAUGACACCAUAAAAUUAAUGAAAGACAUCUCACAGAACUUCCCCAUAAAAGCCAGAUCUCUGACCAGAAUUGCUGUAAAUCAACGCAUGAGGGAGGAAAUACAGGAAAAUCAGAAGUAUCUCCAAGAUAGAUUUGAAAUUCAGCCAGGUGAUGCUCGCCUAUUUAUAAAUGGUCUUCGUGUUGACAUGGAUGUUUAUGAUCCUUUUAGUAUUUUGGAUAUGCUGAAAUUAGAAGGAAAAGUGAUGAAUGGCCUUCGCAAUCUUGGGAUCAAUGGGGAAAAUAUGAGCAAAUUUUUAAAAUUAAAUUCACAUGUUUGGGAAUCUGCCUACAUACUAGAUAUUCGACAUUCUUCUAUAGUGUGGAUUAAUGACUUAGAAAAUGAUGACUUAUAUGUUACAUGGCCUACAAGUUGCCAGGAGCUUCUGAAGCCAGUAUUACCUGGAACUAUACCUUCCAUAGGGCGUAAUUUUCACAAUUUGGUUCUGUUUAUUGAUCCUGCUCAAGAAUAUACCUUGGAUUUUAUAAAAGUUGCCGAACUUUUCUAUUACAAUGAAGUUCCUCUUCGAAUUGGCUUUGUGUUCAUUCUUAAUACAGAUGAUGAAGUUGAUGGAACAAAUGAUGCUGGAGUUGCUCUUUGGAGAGCUUUCAACUAUAUUGCAGAAGAAAGUGGUUUAUCAGAAGCAUUUUAUUCCAUAGUACUUAUGUACGAAAAAGUGAAGGAUCAAAAUAUACUCACUGUGGACAAUGUGAAGAGCGUUCUACAAAAUGAAUAUCCUCAGGCUGAUGUUUGGGAUAUUUUGGGAAUUCAUUCUGAAUAUGAUGAAGAAAGAAAGGCAGGUGCGAACUUUUAUAAGAUGACUGGCUUGGGUCCUUUACCUCAAGCUCUUUAUAAUGGUGAACCGUUUAACCAUGAAGAGAUGAAUAUUAAAGAGCUAGAAAUGGCUGUUCUUCACAGAAUGAUGGAUGCAUGUGUAUAUUUACAAAGAGAUGUUUUUAUGGGCACGUUGAAUGAUCAAAUGAAUGCAGUAGAUUUCCUAAUGGAUAAGAAUAAUGUUGUACCCCGUAUAAAUUCCUUGAUUUUGCACACUAAACCUCAGUAUCUUAAUUUAAUAUCUUCAUCAGUAACUACUGAUAUUGAAGAUUUCUCUACUUACUUUUUCUUGGAUUCACAAGAUAAGAGUGCUGUGAUUGCAGAGAACAUGGAUUAUUUAACCCAAGAAGAUACUGAUGAUGUAAUCUCUGCAGUCACUCUGUGGAUUAUUGCUGAUUUUGAUACACCAUCUGGGAGAAAACUACUUUUUAAUGCAUUAAAGCACAUGGAAACAAGUGUUCAUAGUCGGUUGGGGGUUAUUUAUAAUCCUACCUCAAAAAUAAAUGAAGAGAAUACAGUGAUUUCUAGAGGAAUUUUGGCAGCUUUCCUUACACUGCAAAACAACUUUUUGAGGAACAGUCUCAAGAAACUGGCCAGGGAAGAAAUUGCUACAGCUCUUUACUCUGGAGUUAAAAUUAAAACAUUGCUUCUUGAGGGAAUAGAUAAGAAUGCUUUUGAGAAAAAAUACAACACCAUUGGAGUGAACAUUUUCCGAACUCAUCAGUUGUUCUGUCAGGAUGUGCUAAAAUUGCGUCCUGGAGAAAUAAGUAUUGUCAGCAAUGGGAAAUUCUUAGGACCUUUAAAUGAAGAUUUCUAUGUAGAAGAUUUUUACUUGUUGGAGAGGAUAACAUUUAGUAAUGUCGGAGAGAAAAUUAAAGAGUUUGUUGAAAAUAUGAAAAUCAGUUCAAAAAACAUGAGUGACCUUAUUAUGAAAGUUGAUGCCCUUGUUUCCUCUUUGCCUAAGCAAGCAUCUAGGUAUGAUGUCACAUUUCUUAGAGAGGGUCACAGCAUUAUAAAGAUAAAUCCUCAAGAGAAUGAUAUGGUCUUUGAUGUCAUUGCUAUUGUUGAUCCCUUAACAAGAGAAGCACAGAAGAUGGCACAGUUAUUGACUGUACUUGGCAAGAUUAUAAAUAUGAAGAUAAAGCUGUUGAUGAACUGCAGGGGUAAGCUUUCAGAAGCCCCUUUAGAGAGCUUCUACCGUUUUGUUCUGGAACCAGAACUGAUGUCAGGGGCUAAUGAUAGCCCUCUUGGACCAGUGGCAAAAUUCCUGGACAUCCCUGAAUCACCUCUUCUGACCCUCAACAUGAUUACUCCUGAAGGCUGGUUGGUUGAAACAGUACAUAGCAACUGUGACCUUGACAAUAUUCACCUUAAAGAUAUUGAGGGAGCUGUUACAGCAGAAUAUGAACUAGAGUAUCUACUACUUGAAGGACAUUGUUUUGAUGCAACAACAGAACAACCUCCUCGGGGUCUGCAGUUUACACUGGGCACAAAAAAUAAACCUGUUGUGGUCGAUACGAUAGUGAUGGCCAAUCUGGGCUAUUUUCAAUUAAAAGCAAACCCAGGUGCUUGGAUACUGAAAUUACGCCAAGGAAAAUCAGAAGAUAUUUAUCAAAUAGUUGGGCAUAGAGGAACUGACUCUGAACCAGACAUUGGAGAUGUCAUUGUUGUAUUAAAUAGCUUCAAGAGCAAGAUACUGGAAGUACAGGUACAAAAAAAACCAGACAAAAUUAAUGAAGAUAUCCUUUUUGAUAAGCAUGAGAAAAAAGGAAUGUGGGACUCCAUUAAAAGUUUCACAAGAAGGUUGCAUAAAGAUAACAAAAAGGAAAAAGAUGUUCUAAACAUUUUUUCAGUUGCUUCUGGACAUUUGUAUGAACGCUUUCUAAGAAUUAUGAUGCUUUCUGUUUUACGUAACACCAAAACACCGGUGAAAUUUUGGUUCCUAAAAAAUUAUCUCUCACCAACAUUUAAAGAGAUAAUUCCUCACAUGGCUAUGGAGUAUGGAUUCCAGUAUGAACUGGUCCAAUAUAAGUGGCCCCAUUGGCUUCAUCAGCAGACUGAAAAACAACGAAUUAUUUGGGGUUACAAAAUUCUUUUCCUUGAUGUACUUUUUCCACUAGCAGUAGACAAAAUCAUAUUUGUCGAUGCUGACCAGAUAGUGAGACAUGACCUAAAAGAACUCCGAGAUUUUGAUCUGGGUGGCGCUCCUUACGGGUACACUCCAUUCUGUGAUAGUCGCACUGACAUGGAUGGAUAUCGUUUCUGGAAAACAGGAUACUGGGCAUCACAUCUUGUGAGAAGGAAAUACCAUAUCAGUGCCUUAUACGUAGUGGAUCUCAAGAAAUUCAGGAGAAUUGCAGCAGGUGACAGGCUCAGGGGCCAGUACCAAGCUCUCAGCCAAGAUCCAAACAGCCUUUCAAACCUAGAUCAGGAUCUUCCUAACAAUAUGAUUUACCAAGUUGCCAUUAAGUCUCUUCCUCAAGAUUGGCUGUGGUGUGAAACCUGGUGUGAUGAUGAAUCAAAACAAAGAGCCAAAACUAUAGAUCUGUGCAAUAAUCAAACAAAAGAACCAAAAUUAAAAGCUGCUGCCAGGAUUGUCCCAGAAUGGAUAGAAUAUGAUACAGAGAUACGACGAUUACUAGAUAAUCUUGAAAAUAAGAAGAAAAGUACAAUCGUUGCAACAUUUUAUGAUCCUGCCAACAGUGCACUAGAGUUCCAGUUUCUCUACAUGGUCACCAAUAAUUGUACUGUUUUUUUAUAG